AUGGACACGAACUCCACCAGCUUCACCUCGCCGCUGGCGAGUCCACAGAACGGCAACAUCAACAUACCACUUCAGCUCGAAUAUGUUGUUGACGCAAUCUCUCAUGCCAGCCUGUGGACGGUCUUGUGGACCGCUGUGGCUCUCGCAGUCGCCUAUGAUCAAAUCAGCUAUAUCCGCCAGAAGGGCUCAAUCGUUGGCCCAUCUUGGAAGGCUCCCUUUAUUGGACCCUUCUUGCAGUCCAUGAACCCCAAAUUUUCAGAAUACUACGGAAAAUGGCUGAGCGGCGAACUCAGCUGCGUUUCUAUCUUCCACAAGUUCGUCAUCAUUGCUUCCACUCGAGAUAUGUCCCGCAAGGUUUUCAACUCUCCAACCUUUGUCAAGCCAUGCGUUGUCGAUGUCGCCCCUAAGCUCCUCGGAGCUGACAACUGGGUGUUCCUGGACGGCAAGCCUCACGUCGACUUCCGCAAGGGCCUGAAUGGACUGUUCACGCGCCAGGCUCUGGAGUGCUACCUCCCCGGCCAAGAAGACGUGUACAACCGCUACUUCAAGAAGUGGGUUCAGCUCACCAAGGAUGCUGGUAGCAAGCCCGUGCCUUGGAUGUCUGAGUUCCGAGAGAUCAUCACUGCCGUGUCUCUGCGAACUUUCUGCGGACAUUACGUGUCUGACGAGGGCGUCAAGAGGAUUGCGGACGAUUACUACCUGAUUACCGAGGCCUUGGAACUGGUCAAUUUCCCCUUCAUCAUCCCCUAUAGCAAGACUUGGUACGGUAAAAAGGCCGCAGACAUGGUGCUUGCAGAAUUUUCAAAGGCGGCUGCCAAGAGCAAGGUCCGCAUGAACGCCGGAGGCGAAGUCUCCUGCAUCAUGGACGGCUGGGUCAAGAGCAUGGUGGACUCCCGCAGAUGGCGUGAGGCCGAGGCCAGGGGUGAGAAGACUGAGAAGCCAACACCUUUGCUGCGAGAAUUCUCCGACUACGAGAUCGCCCAAACCGUCUUCACCUUCCUCUUCGCAUCCCAAGAUGCCACCAGCAGCGCUGCUACGUGGCUGUUUCAGAUCAUGGCCCAGCGGCCCGACAUCCUCGACCGAGUCAGAGAGGAAAACCUCCAGACCCGCAACGGUGACAUCAACGCAGCCCUGACCUUGGACCAGCUCGAAUCGAUGAAGUACACCCGCGCCGUGGUCCGUGAGCUGCUGCGGUACCGGCCCCCUGUGCUGAUGGUGCCUUACCUUGCAAAGAAGGCAUUCCCCAUCACCGACACCUACACUGUUCCCAAGGGCGCCAUGGUCAUCCCCUCGACAUACCUCUCACUACGGGACCCUGAAGUGUACGAAAACCCGGACGAGUUCAACCCCGAGCGGUACUACACAGGCGAUGCCGAGGAGAAGGGCGCAAAGAACUGGCUGGUUUUCGGCACUGGUCCUCACUACUGCCUUGGACAGCACUACGCCAUGUUCAACCUUGCCCUGAUGAUCGGCAAGGCCUCACUCCUGAUGGACUGGACGCACCACCCGACAUCAAAGUCGGAGGAGAUUAAGGUGUUUGCCACCAUCUUCCCAAUGGACGACUGUCCCUUGACCUUUGAGGACCGGAAGUGGUAG